AUGAUCUUUAAAAACCUUUUCACUGAGGAAAAACAAAAUCCUGCAGAAAUAAAUCGGCUUAGUGGACAGAAUUAGAGGGGAAGGGUUUGGAGCCAGGGUGGGAUUAAGGAAAAUUGUGUGAAAUAAAGAGCGAGUGAUCAGGAGUGACUGUGUGCGUGCGCCUGAGUCUGGAGGGCGGGAGAGAGAGAGAGAGAGGGGAGAGAGGGAGAGAGAGAGCACUGAGUGAAGAGCAUAGAUUUUCAUCCAAUUCUAUAUCUGUUUUUCUAAUCCUCGACUGCCGCUGUUUUGCAAAGCGGUGGUUCUACGGUUGUUGGGAAGAUACAUAUUUUAUUUCACAGGGUAUUAUUUUGCAAAUACCGCUCUGUUCACUGACAGUUCGUCCUUGUUGCGCCUGUUGAAGUGUAUAGCCCAUUAAUUUCGAACUUCUAUUUUCUCAGCGACACUUGAACUGCACCAUGAACAGUUUGUGGGGACCACCCGAGCUGGUACCUUUGGAAUGGUGUGGAUUACGCAGUCAAGAACCGGAGAACAUGUAAACGCAUAUGGAGUUUGGGAUUUAUUGUCAAAUAUGGGAAAGAUGACCGUCUUGUCUUUGUGCUUUCUCUUGUGCACGAUUCUCCUGGAUUUAGCCGUUGGAUAUUUGACUGUAACCAUUGAACCUCUGCCACCUGUUGUUAUUGGCGAGACGGUGACGCUGAAGUGCAACUUUAAAACUGAUGGGAGACUGCGAGAGAUUGUCUGGUAUCGGGUUACGGAAGGGGGCACCAUCAAGCAGAAGAUCUUCACGUAUGACGCCAUGUUCAACACCAACUAUUCCCACAUGGAGGACUACAGGAGGAGAGAAGACUUGGUGUAUCAGUCCACCGUCCGGCUUCCGGAGGUUCGGAUCUCAGACAACGGGCCUUACGAGUGCCAUGUGGGCAUCUACGACCGGGCCACCAGGGAGAAGGUGGUCCUGGCGUCAGGGAACGUCUUUCUCACCGUCAUGUCACCCCCGAACAACAUCUCCGUGGUGGCGGAGAACACUCCAGCCCCCUUCAGCCGCUACCAGGCGCAGAACUUCACGUUGGUGUGCACCGCCAAGGGAGGCAAGCCUGCACCCACGGUGUAUUUUAAGCGGGACGGGGAGUUGAUAGAGGUGAUCUCGUACACUCUGCCGGGCGACGAGGGCGGCGGCGGCUCAGCAGCAGUGCGCGGGGCCCGGCCCCUCAUCAGCAGGGACAUGGACGACACCAAGCUGCAGAAGUCGCUCUCGCUGCUGGGGCCCGACGGCCGGCCGGGCCGCCUGUUCACAGAGAGCCCCGCCCGGGGCAGCUUCACGGCGGGGCAGCAGGGCCAGCAGCCCAGCCCGGCCACAGAGGCCAUCCCCGAGACGGUGGUGAACCGGGAGUUCCCGCGCUGGGUGCAGAGCACGGACCCGCUGUACUUCUUCAGCAACACGCACAUCCCGCAGAGCGACGGCUCAGUGCUGGUGCAGGCCAAGCUCACCUGGACGCUCAACCCGCAGGUGGACAAUGACGCGUUGUUCAGCUGCGAGGUCAAGCAUCCAGCGCUGUCAAUGCCUAUGCAGACAGAGGUUAUAUUGGCGGCUCCUAAGGGCCCCAAGCUGCUGAUGACGCCCACCCGAGCGAAGGUAGGGGACACAGUGCGCAUCACUGUUCAAGGAUUCCAGGUAGGAUCUCCUGAAAAUGAAGUGUUUCCUGAGCCACUGUUCACCUGGACGCGGGUGGGGGGGCGGCUGCUGGACGGCAGCAGCGAGCGCGACGGGAAGGAACUGAUUCUGGAGCGUGUGCCCGCCGAACUCAACGGAUCCAUGUACCGCUGCACGGCACAGAACCCCCUGGGCUCCACCGACACGCACACGCGCCUCAUCGUUUUUGAAAAUCCGGCCAUGAUGAGCCCAGUGGAUAACAUCAACGCAGCGCCUCGGGUGGGAGCGAUUGGACUGACAUGGAUAAUCCUCACCUUCACAGUCACUGUGGCGAUGACGUGAACUCACACACACACACACACACACACACACACACACACACACACACACACACACACACACACACACACACACACACACACACACAUAUAUACCCGCACACACACACACACACACAUAGGUCUACUGGAGACCCUCCCAAUGUCCAUAAACAGGAUGCCACUCUUUUUUUUAUAAGAAACAAUGCAUACAUUAAAAAUAUACAGAUAUUAUAUAAUACCCAUAUUAAGAGAGAGAAACAUAAGAGAAUAAGAGAACAAGCACUAUCUUUCAUAAACCCUGUGUCCUAUGCUACCCCCUUCCUCCAAACAUACACAUAUACACUUACAUACCAACAUAAAUACACACUCACAGACACACUCACACACAAACACACACCAACAAACACAAGCACACAUACACUCGCUUUUCUCAUUUUAGUUUUAUUUGUUUGUUUGUUUGUUUCUUUCAUUUGUUUGUUUGUUUCUUUUCCCCAAUUCUACCCUGUUGGAUCAAUAAAUCCUCUUUGGGAAAAAAAAGAGAACCUGGAAGAGCUCCUUGGCUUGUUCCGUGUGUUCAGACAUUGUUUGUGCUCACGCGGUGGCGGCCAGGACUAAAUAACCAGAGAGAGAGAGACCCUUCUGUAAUAUGGGCCAUGGCUCCCAACACCUCAUCACAGGUAUCCAUGGGAACAAUAAAUGUGAAAAUGUGACUCUUUUUUUUCCCCUUUGACAUUUUGUUUUUUCAGUUUUAUGCCGGUUUUAUGGAGAUUUCUUUUCUUUUGCCUUUCCGUUCUUUCUUUCUUUCUUUCUUUCUUUCUUUCUUCUCUGGAAUGGCUCGUGGCUGGAAUGUACAAGAAGAUAAAAAAAAAAAACAUAUAAAAACUCAACAGUCUUGUGAAUUCUAGUGUGAUUUUUCUGAACAGAUGUGGAGAAGCCUCUUUUUAAGUGUAUUUUUGUGUACAUCCCUGUAAAUAAUGGAAAUUAUAAAUGAGAAAAAAUGUAAAGCUAUAGGGGUUCGGGGCUUUUUCGUGGGGAAUGGAAGCUGGUGAGGUCCGCAGUUCGCCGCUAUCUCUCUCUCUCUCUCUUUCUCUUUCUCUCUCUCUCUCUCUCUCCCCCUCUCUCCCUCUUUCCUCCACUUGUGUCUGGUCAUCCCCAGUGUUCAUUUCCAGAUGAAAAAAAAAGAAGAAAAACAAAUCGAACUUUUAAAAGGCUUUGGAACUACUGACUAAUCAAAAGCCGACACAUGGCCCCCUCCAUCCUGUGCCGAUGCCCCGGGGUGGCAGAUGAACAAGAGGAAAGCAAACAAUCACUUAACAUGCUGUGUGUCUGACUCUUUGGUGCAUGUGAAUAAUUUCUCCCCCUCCAUAUGUCAGCAGUGGUUCCUUCCACAAACCACCCAUCCCACCCCUAAGCCCCCCCCGCCCAAGCACACACACACACACUCCCACACUACGUCACAUAAUCUCACUUAUGUGUAAUCUGUUAUUUACCUGUUGCAUAUUAUCUUAAGUGAUCUGCAUUGUGUACAGUACGUAACUCUUGCCUAACAUUUACUGGUAGGGUCAUGUUAGCCACCAUUCUCCGCCCUACCUUGCCACCCCCACCCCCACCCCUCCACUCGCCUCCUCUGCCACUGCCCCUGCCCCUCAGUACAUGCUCAAGUGAAGUUGAGUGUAAACAGGGUUGUUGCAUUUGUUUCAUAUCACCUGUAUUAAAAUGGAGAUUGAACUGAAAUGGCUUGGGGUGUACUUCUGCAGCUGCCUUAAUGGCAAACGUACCCAGUUGUAUGGUUAUCUUUUUGUAACGUUAGCUUUUGAAGGUGAAAUUGAGUGAAACUGAAUGAAAUUCUGAAUAAAAAUCUGAUUGGAGAUUAGAGAAAUAUGUCAAA